CCGUCCUGUGAUGGAGUCCUUGGGAUUCUCUACGGACGCGCUGCUCGUGAAGGCGCGGUCUCUCAACUCGAAUGGGAUAUACAUGUUGCCAAGCGAGAGCAAGGAUAACGGCCAUCGACGUCGCGAGGUCGAGGUGAAGCCUACUCUGGCGGCGAAGGUCGAAGACGCUCGAAUUCUCGGUCUACACAGCGAAGAAGUCGUGCGCUUGAAACAACUACUGGCCAAGUUUGUGGACGCGUUUCGAACAGAUCCGAUGCCCAACCUCGACACUGCCAUGGUGGUCCUGGUUGGCACGUCUGUCCAUUUUACCCUGGACUGGACGAACGGGGGACAGACGGAAGCCGUUUCUUUCUGCCAAUCUGCUCCCCAUCAAAUGUUCGGCGAGCUCCUCUUUCGUGGUUUACUCGCCUGGCUGGACGAUCUGCUUGGCGCCGCGACCACGCCCAAUGAGUCUGUUCGACUGCUGGAACAUGUCCUGGAGAUCUGCGCGUCCUUGGAGUUGAAGUUGCACCCGAAGAAAUGCGCGUUUUUCCUCCAGGAGGCCGAAUGGUGUGGCAAGGUCAUCUCGUCUGUUGGGAGCCGACGGCGGCUGCCGACUUCCAGCAGUUCAUAUGUGCGACCAACUGGAUGCGGUCGAGCAUCCCACAGCCAACUGAUCGACCCAUUGCGGCGACUCCUCGAAGUUGGCACAAAACUAUCCCGGAGUGCCAAGAAAUCUGCGCUGGCCAAGAUCCCGGUUAGUGCCAUGGGUCACCCCCGACAAGACAUGGCCGUGUGUCUAUUCACCGACGCAAGCGAAGGAUUCUGUGGAACGGUUGCUACCCAGGUCCUACCUGAAGACCUCGAGUUCGCGUUGGCCUAUUGUGUAAAGGAGGCGUUCGCUGUGGUCGAGGCUUGCAAAUGCCUCGACUACCUGGUGAUCCAUCCCGAUGGGUUCCGUCUGUUCACGGACCACCGGAAUCCCGUGUACAUCUUCACCCCGCCCGGUCAGAGCCCCAAUAUGGCGAAGUACCAAUCCGACAAGCUCCAGCGCUGGGCGUUGGUGGUGUCGAUGUCCACCUUCCCGUGCACCAUUGAGUCGGUUUUCACUCCUACGCCACAAGGAUUUCGAAUGACCGACGGCCCAGUCGGUCCUCAAAUCUCAGAAGAAUCGACUCCGAGUCGACGGCCAACUACCUGGAACGACGACAUGAAGUUUUAUGUCACGCCGAACGACGAGAUUUGGGUCCCGUACCACGACCUGGAUCUCGAAAAGUGGUUCAGGGUGUCUCCAUUGCAUUUAUGUGGAUGGGACAUGGUGCCCCGCCCCCUGGGAUCUGCUCUGCACGCUGAGUGUCCCAACGAGCUCAUCCAUGUUGACUGGUUGUCUCUGCCCAAGUCAGACGAGGGCUUGAAGCACGUGCUCGUAGUCAAGGAUGACUUGAGCGGCUUCGUCCGGUUGUUUCCGUCCCGGACUGCUGACGCCACGGCAACGGCUGCCGCCCUGAUGGACUGGUUCACGACGUUUGGGAUAGUCACGACAUGGGUGUCCGACGACGAGAUGCUCCGUGAUGUGUCGGGCCGUAGCGAGAAGCUACGUGGCCAGGCGAAGAAACAAGGCGUCAAGUGGACUAACGUUGACGUUGGCGAUUACGUCCUAGUCGGUCUGAAGCUGUACAGCGAAGCAGCGAACGGCACGGCUGAAGACUUAAUGGACCAAGCUGCCUACGGCGAUGGUGGUUUCCAUGUGGAAGACUUGCUGGCAGCACCUGUUGUCAACGGGCAGCACACAAUCCUGGUCAAGUGGCUCAGCCUUGAGAACGAAGAGGCGUCGUGGGAGCCAGCCCUCAAUCUCUAG